AUGAAGGGUAUCUACAUGGAAAAUGGAAGUGGCGGUUUCAUGAGCAAUCUGACCUUUGUUGGUGGAAACUUUGGUGCCUAUCUGGGCAACCAACAGUUUACGAGCAGUCAGCUUGUUUUUGUGAAUUGCAAAACAGCAGUUCAGAUCCAUUGGGACUGGGCGUGGACAAUGCAAGACGUUGUCAUAGAGUCAUGUGGAAGUGGAAUUGUCGUGACUGGUGGUGCUGGAGGUGUGGAGAGUACCGGCCAGUCAGUCGGCUCAUAUAUCUUAGUGGAUGCUAUCAUCGCCAACACCCCUACGGGUAUUCGCACAUCGCUAUAUGCAGACAACUCAACAGCAGUUUUACUUCAAAAUGUGGGUUUCUUCAACGUGAAAGAUGCAGUUGUUGCAGAAACUCGCACCGAGCCUCUCCUAGCUGGAGGAAACGAAGUAUUUGUUUCUUCGUGGGGAUUCGGUCUCUACCACGACGACACAGGAGCUCAUUUUGCCCAGCAACAGCAAUUGCAGGUUUUGCAACGCAAAGACAUUCUCACUGGCAGCCAGUCCUACGUGAAAGGAACUUCUAACUUCUUCACCCGUCGCCGUCCUCAGUAUCUUGAUCUCGGCGGUGGUCAAGUUUUCGAUGUCAAGGCCUACGGUGCUAAAGGUGACGGCGUCACGGAUGAUACAGCCGCUCUUAACAGCAUUCUGUCUGCCGCUGUAAACAUGUCUUCAAUUGUCUACUUUCCCUACGGAAUAUAUGUGAUCAAGGAUACUCUCCAGGUCCCUCUCGGCUCCCGCAUUAUUGGACAAGUUUGGCCGCAGAUUAUGGCAACUGGCACUAAAUUUCAAGACGCCGAGCAUCCUCAUGUGGCUGUGCAGGUUGACAAAGAAGGGGGUAUUGGUAUUGUUGAAAUACAAAAUAUGAUGUUUACGGUGUCUGGGCCCACGGCUGGUGCUGUACUCAUGGAGUGGAAUGUUCAUGAGUCGACACAGGGCUCAGCAGGUCUCUGGGACUGCCACUUCCGCGCGGGCGGUGCUAUCGGUUCUAAGCUCCAGUCCGACAUAUGCCCCAAAAAGGCAUCGUCCCUGAACAAGAACUGCAUCGCUGCAUCCCUUUUGCUUCAUAUUACCCAAGACCAAGUGGACGUAUACGUGGCUCGCGGUAUUCUCAUUGAGAGCCAGGGGCCUACCUGGAUGUACGGCACGGCUUCAGAGCACAAUGUUUUCUACCAAUACCAGUUCUCGGGGGCCAAGAAUCUGGUUAUGGGAAUGAUACAGACUGAAUCUCCCUACUUCCAGCCUACUCCACCAAUGCCAGAGCCCUUCAAGCUGGGGAAAUUCCCCAAUGACCCAAACAGUGGUGAGUGCAAGACAUGUACAAGCUCAUGGGCAGUAAGGAUGAUCAACUCGGAGUCGAUUUAUAUGCUUGGUGCAGGCAUCUACAGCUGGUUUAACUCAUAUUCCCAGGACUGCUUAGAAACAAACAACUGCCAAGAAAAGGCAUUCUAUGUCGAGCAGAGUAGCGAUAUCUGGGUCGUCAAUCUUGUGACCAAAGCAAUUGUCCAGUCUAUCAGACCACUCGGUGAGAUUCCGGCAUUUUCCAAAGACACUAGAAAUGGAUACACAUCAUCCUUGCUUGGGUGGUUCCGCAAAGCAAAAGACAUCGUUGGUCAGCGCAAGUCCACGGGCUUCUACUUUUACGAUCCCACAUCCCAAAAAAGCUUCUUCGAUGAGAGUCAAAUUCCCUUAAACAUGAAAGGUGGAAUAGCAUGGGCAGGGUGGAAUGAGACCUGUGCUAAGAAUGCCAAGAGUGGUAAAUACUGUGGUGAUGUUAUUGAUAGCUUUAACCCUGAUAUAGAUGCUAUGCUCACUUCUGAGCUGUACUCAUCCUGCCACGUCGACCGUUACCGGAAGAUGCAGUCAACGCCCUACUCCGAAUACGACAUCAACUUCCAAUCUCAACUCAAAGAGAUCAACUCAAAAUGCAAUCUCAACAUCCCUACCGAAAUUCCACCUCCACUCCAACCAACAAUUGACCCAUACAAGCCCGCAGAAUCAUGCUUAUCAGGCAUCAGAUAUACAACCGUGGCCGGGGAUACCUGUGACUCAAUCGCUACUACUUACAAAGUCUCAUCAGCUGCCCUAUUCAUAGGACACGACAACUUAUUCGAAUGCGAGAAUAUCGCAGUCGGCACAAAGCUAUGCGUGCCAAUCCAAUGUGAAACUGUCUACACCAUCAAGAGCGAAGACACCUGUAUCUCCAUCGAGAAGGCCCAAAGCGUCGGAUACAAGGACGGCACAACCCUGCGCAAAUACAAUCCCUGGAUCAAUUAUGAUUGCUCCAAUCUUCAUAUUGUCAGUGAUGUCGCGUACGGGCAUGUCAUUUGUCUCACGCCACAGUCUGGCAUUUCGAAUACCACUGCCCCAUAUGAUGAUCCGACGUCACCUGGCUACUCCGAUGGCUAUGUCAUUCCGCAAAUCCCGCCUCCGAAAAGGGCAACUGUUGCUGAAGGAACGACAACUCGUUGCGGCAAGUGGCAUGUUGUUACCGAGUUGCAAGAAACCUGUACGACGAUUUGUAUGCAGAACAAGAUCCCUUGGACUUUGUUCUUGGAUGUGAACCCGUCUCUUGGUAAGGAUAACUGUGACAAGAAGCUGGUUGCAGGGAGUGCUUACUGUGUCGGGCCGGCAUAUAGCUGGGAUGAGUUCUUUGAUGGGGGUGAUUUUGAUUUUGAGUGA